AGAUCAAAGGUUAUUUCAUCAUAUAUGCGUCUGUUACGCACAGAGAGAAAGGUGUUUGACAGUGACUUUCAAACACUGAAUCGUGUACAACUACAGACUCGUUCACAGUAUCGCGAUAAUAGAUCAGUGGAUGACCCUGUCAAGAUCGAUGAGAUGGUACAACAUGCUAAUGCCGUCUCUGAUUUCUUAUUGACAAAUACUAUUCAAGCUGUUAGAAAGACAGAGACUAGAUUCGAAUUAAAGUUGAGAAAGGAUACACAAUUGGGAAUGGAUAGACAGUAUGAGUUUGUUGGAGAUCAACCAAAGAAGAGAGAGAGAGGUACUAGAAAGGGUGUCGUCGCUACAGAGUGCUGUGGCGGUGGUGCAUGUGGUCCAAUGAGUGUCGACUCUCCAAAGACUGGAGGUUGCUCUUAA